ACGCGCGCUAAAGGUGUGGAGGAGAGGGCAACAGCUCGGUACAAUGGAACCGAACCCAAGCCGUUAAACGGUUCACACACACACAUCAGCUGUGACGGAGGCCAAACGUUGGGGUGGAUAACGGCGACAUGGCGAAAACCAGCAAGAUCUGAACUUUGGAGGAUCCGCUUUGAGGAUUAUUGUACAGCCCCACAAUCUGACCGGUACAACGAGGGACGGGAUCACAGUCUGCAUCAGUGUGUCAAACGGAUAACCCACGGUAUGGCGCGCGCUGACGGUCGUUUGGGAACCUGGCAGGUGCUACUGACCAUCUCAGUUGUCCUAAUCCCCCUGUCUGCUCACGGGAGGCAUUCACUGACCAGGCGCCAUCAUCACCACAACCAAUCAUUUGUCAAUAAGGAGGCUUUGAACACCAGGAUGGUGCUCAGUGAUGACUCGGCAGAGAGAGAGCACUUGAUUGGAACAGGCCUCGGGCUCGGGGCCAAACUCCCACUCAGCUCCACCAAACAUCACCAUUCUCAUAAACAUGCCCACCUAGACUUGGUAGAGGAGGACCCACCUGUGGGGGAGGAGCUCACUGCCGGAGGGGCGGGUCCAGACCAGCCCGCAAACCCUAUGUCCGAUGACGUCAUCACCGUGGAGUUUCACAGCCCUGCGCCGGAUAUUGUGCCCUCUGAUGUUGCUCUGGAUUGGGCCAAAGCCCCAAAACCCCAGAAGCAAAAAGCAGGAGACCCUACUGCAUGGACACUUUCUGACUUUUACGACUACCUGUCCCCUGACAACGACGUCUCAGCAUUAGAUACGACUCCAGAACCUGAGCCCACCGUGUCACCCCCAGCUGACAUGGAGGACGAGAAUCCACUCCUGGCUGGUUCUCCUGCUGUUCCUAACAAUGUGAAGCCUAACAUGGAUAGUGGACCCUCCUUAACAGCUCCUCCCAUGCCAGGGCUGAACAAGGAUGAUGGGUUAGGCUUAGGUGGCGCCAUGGGCACUGACGGCUGCAGGCUGGGCUUUGUGCGCUCUGGACCUGGGGUGUGUGUGUCUCAGUGUGACAUUGAACCCAAUUUCUGCUUCAAUGGAGGAGUGUGCACCGUGGUGGCAGGAAUGGGAGCUUUCUGCAGGUGCAAUGUGCAGGACUACAUCUGGAACAAAGGCACGCGCUGCGAUUGGGCGGUCACAGAGUUCCAGGUGAUGUGUGUGGUGGUGGGCGUGGCCUCCCUGGUGCUCAUCCUCCUCUUCAUGAUCAUUGUGUUCUUUGCCAAGAGACUGCACCGCCUCAAGAAUGAGAACAGGCGCCUUCGCAAACGCAGUAAGUACCGCGCACAGAGCAGCGAGCCACAGACGGAUGGCCUCUCAGUUUCCACAACAGCCGACGGCUCGCAGCCAAACGUAAGGAAACUGUGUGACACCCCUCCGCCCGCUCCCCAAGCUCACACUCACAACCUGGCGUACUAUGACAACAUUAUCUGUCAGGAUGAGCCUCAGAAGCAGGAGGACCAAGCAAAGUCCCCACAACCCAAGGAAGAGGGGUCAAUGAACAUCCUCAACUCCCAUUCCCCCAAACACGAAAACAACCGCCCAACCUCUGUCGUCCAUGACCACGGCCACACCCCUAACAACACAGAGGAGAAUGCUGAGGAUGGAGUGACUAUUGGCCUGGAAGUGCUCCUCCCCAAAGACGCCAAGCUCCAUGCAGAGACCAGCCCGCCCCUUCAGUAUGACGUCUUCCUCUACAAGGUUGCCGGGAAUGGAGACUCCGCCUCUCCCAGCCAUGCCCCUCCCACUCAUAGCGCCAACUCUUACUCCUCCUGUCAUCCAAUGCCCAAAUCGCCCAAAACACCUAAAACACCCAAGUCGCCCAAGGUGCAUAAGUCAUACAAAUCACCCAAACACCUAUCCGGAAACCGUGAACCCUUGUCUGGGAGGCACUCCUCACCUGGCCGUAACUCGUCACCUGGUCGCCACCCAUCACAGAGUCGUCACUCUGCGCCUGGGUGCUAUUCUUCCCCCACCUGCCAUCCGUCCUCCCACCAAUCUCCCUCCCACUACAAAUGCAUGCCCACUUCCUCCUCCACCCCACCUCAGUUACGCAGGCCCAGAGGUCGGUCACAAGCUCACGGCUCAGAGCACUCAGGCACUGGGAGAGAGUACCAGAGUGGACACAUUCGUCCAUCCCCCUCCUCCCCUCACCUCACCCAGCCUCCUCCAUCACCAUCAAGGGUGAAGUACAGCCCCGUAAGCACCCGGUCCCUGCCACCACUCUCCUGA